AAAAGCAAGCGGUAAGAUUUGAAUUUUGAAUGUGUUUGUUCGACUGAACAGUUGACGUUGCUCUGUCCGGUAACCGUAUUCCAGACACUUGAUUCAUCUGCUAUUUAUUUUAUUUAUUUUCUUUCAUCAUGUCGAACUUCUUGAAAAUAUUUCGCUCGAAGAAAACAACGGAAAAAGAUAACUUUAACACGGGACACGAUGAGGAGAAGACGAAACAUUGGAACAAAGAGAGUUAUGGUAAUGGAUCAUCGAGGCGUGAUAAGCGAAUUUCUCGGAUACGAAGUAUUGAUGAUUCGCUAUUAAAACCCACCGCUGCGUACCAUACAGUUACCCAACCGAGGCAAUACAAAGCUUCACGAUCAUGUGUUGGCCGAGAUGAAUACGACAAAUACGAUAGAUUCCGUCAUUCAAUCGAUUUCCACAAUAGAGGUAGUGUAAGGUGUGGGAAACGGUUGCAUAUUGGAAACGAUCGAAUGUUAGAUCGGGUUUCAAUGUUUACCAAGAAUAACUAUGACUCGGAAAUUCUGGAUUCUGAUGAUUCAUACGACUCACAAAAUGGUAGCGGUACGAACAAUGAUGAUACUGUUCAGGCUCUAGAGACGAAGUUAGAUGCCCUUCUUUAUCGUCUCCGUCGGGAAGAAGAGCGCAAAAAUUCAUAUAAGCAAAAGUUGAUGUCCGAACGCAUAGUGCGACAGCAUGUAGAAAGUAAAUUCGUUGAAGAUAUCCAACGAUUAACUCAACUGAUAGAAAUGCUCAAGAAUGAGCAAAAAUCAUAUCGGAACAGAAUCAGCGCUUUGGAAAAGCAGCUAAAACAAACUGGUCCGAAACUUAUGACUGACAGCUUCAAAGGACCAUCGCUUUUCUGCUCACCACCAUCAACUUCAAAUGGUCAAUCAUCAGUACUUACAAUGACUGAACUAGCUUGCUCGGCAACCUCCGGUUCUACCGUCCCACUGCCAUCUACAUUACACUGCAGGACGAUGAAUGAUGGAAGUGUUGACGAAGUGAGGAACUUUCGCAUCAACGAGGUUACUUCGUCUGUGGAAGCUGAACGACGUACAAUAUCCGGUAGCUCCUUCUCAACUCGUGAAAAUGAGGGCUCUGCAACUUUAGAAGAAACCUUGCGUGCAAUUGAUCGUGCAACUGCUGCUGCAACAACAGCAUCACAUGGAUUUGGAGAUAAAGUGAAAACAUCGGUGAUUCGACGGUCGAGUAGCGACACGAAACUUGGGCAGCGUGAUAUAAUGCUUAAAUCUACAAAUAUUUAAGCAACGGUCUGAUAAAUUUAACUGAAUAUAAACAGUACCAGUGUUGAUACUUUUAGAUUUGAGGGAAAUUUCAAG